AUGUUUGCCAGACAGGUAUUCCGCCCAGCCAAGACGCUGCACCAGCAAGUCCGCCGUUACGCAUCUGAGGCGCCCAAGAGCGGCAACAAUGGCAUCCUCUACACAGGUAUCGGCGCUGCCGGUCUCGCCGGUGCCUACUUGUUCAUGAGGGGCGGCGACGCGCCGUCAGGGCAGAAGGGCAAUGCGCCGCCAUCAGAAGAGGCCAACAAGAUCCCCUCUUCCACCGGCGCCGUCAAGAAGGCCUUCACUGGAGGCGACCAGGGUUUCGUGUCGCUUGCGCUAGAGAACAUCGAAGUCGUCAACCACAACACCAAGAAGCUGCGCUUCAAGCUGCCGGAGGAGGACAUGGAGAGCGGUCUGCCUGUAGCAUCGGCCGUUAUUACCAAGUACAAGGGCCCCGAGAUGCAGAAGCCAGUUAUCCGACCAUACACCCCGAUUAGCGACGUGGACCAGAAGGGCUCUGUCGACUUCAUCAUCAAGGCCUACCCCAACGGCCCCAUGUCUCAGCACAUGCACAACAUGGAGCCAGGCCAACGGCUAGACAUCAAGGGACCUAUCCCCAAGUUCCAAUGGAAGCCCAACAUGCAUGAGCACAUUGCCCUGAUCGCUGGUGGCACCGGUAUCACACCCAUGUGGCAAACCGCACGACACAUCUUCCGCAACCCCGAGGACAAGACCAAGGUUACGCUCAUCUACGGCAACGUUUCAGAGGAGGACAUUCUAUUGAAGCGCGAGUGGGAGGAGUUGGAGAACACAUACCCCCAGCGCUUCCGCGCUUUCUACGUUCUGGAUAACCCACCAGAGUCAUGGCAAGGCGGCAAGGGACACGUUACCAAGGAGCUCUUGAAGACUGUUCUGCCUGAGCCCAAGGAAGGCGAGAAGAUCAAGCUGUUCGUAUGUGGACCACCAGGCAUGUACAAGGCUAUUAGCGGAGGCAAGAAGAGCCCGUCCGACCAGGGCGAGCUUGACGGAAUGCUGAAGGAGCUUGGCUACAGCAAGGACCAGGUCUACAAGUUCUAG